AUGAGUCAGAUACCUCAGUAUUCGAUAGAGGCUGGCAAACUUGAGCUCAUGAGAGCACUCAAUGGCACUUUCUUCGCUAUAUCUUGUAUCCUCGUAGCACUGCGAGUCUGGACACGAACGAAGAUCUCUAGAUGCUGGGGAUGGGAUGACUGGUUCAUCUUGUUGGCGCUUGCAAUCUUCAUCGGCGAGUGCACUGUCUGGUUGAUGCUAGCAGAUGUGGAGUCGAAACCAGCGUCCCUGGCAAAUCUUGAGAUAUAUGCAGAACUUAUUUGCGCCGAACAAGCCCUCUAUAUCGCCGGCACCGUCGUGCUCAAGAUCUCGCUGGCCUUUUUCUUCCUAAGAUUCCUGAUUGUGCGUUGGGCUCGAUACGUCGUCUGGAUCAGUGUUGUGGUCUACGCAACCGUGGCGACCAUGAUGUUCUUCCUCGUAGUAUUCGAGUGCGGCAUACCUGGGAACUAUGUGAUGAAGCAGGCCACUGGCAAAUGCGUCUCGUUCCGCAUCCUCAGUAUCACUGGAUACAUACAUGGCGGACUGAACGCACUCACGGACUGGGUGUUUCCGGUACUGGCCAUCCAUUUCCUGAUCCAAACCAAGAUGUCACGGGCAGCAAAGGCGUCUUGCUGUGGUAUUCUGCUCCUCGCAGUGGUAGGAAGCAUUGCCAGUAUCGUACGAACCGUCUACAUUCCUGAAAUCGGACCCGGUGGCAACAUCUACAGCAGAAGUAUGAAGCCUUUGAUCUGGACAAUGAUCGAGGGCGCCUUGGGAAUCAUUGCUGCGAGUCUGGCGACAUUGCGACCGCUGUUCCAAAGAUGUUCUGCCAGGACAAAAAUCGUGUUGCAAAGCAGAUCAACAUGCGAUCGCUCGACCAGCAAGCUCUGCAAAUCAUCUCUCGGCAGUACGCUUAAUUGUUUUGGGUCUACGAAAACAGCGGCAGACUCACCUCCAGAUAGCGAAGCUGAAAAACACGACACGAUGGAUCUCGAGUCUGGAGACCAGGCAAGGACGAUGUCGAAACCUUUGCACCUGGGCGUCUUGAGCAGUGUGGCUACCGAGACAGAGUUGAACAUGACGAACAAGAUGGAUACGAGGACAAUGGUUCGAGGGACGAAAAGCGGGUUCUGA